AUGAUUGUUCCCAUGGUGAUAAGUCAGACAACAGUUAGUCUGCUGGACACUGCCAUGAUGGUACAGGAGGGCCAACAGUUUGCUAUCCGUGUAAAGAAAACAGGGGACUUUGCAUCAACCUUCUAUGUCAUAGUUGCUGUAUCCUCCCCGCUUGAUACAGACCUUGAUUUCAUCGGUAGCAGUCAUGUGGGCUCGUUUAAUCCUUUGGGGCCAGACACCAUUUCUGUUGUCUUUACUGUAAACAAUGACACAGUCCCAGAAGUGGAGGAGACCUUCACCUUGCAGCUUUCCGUGGUCAACUCAGGGGUGACAGUGGUAGAGCCAAGCAAGGCUGCCAUUACCAUUGCUGCUAACGAUGAUGCUUAUGGAGCUUUUAGCUUCCUUGAUGUCUCACCAGUGUUGGUAACAGAAGAUAUAUCAGACAUGACGGAGAUAUAUUUGGGUGUAGGCAGAUCUCAGGGCUCCCACGGACAAAUCACAGUGUCUUACUCAGUUGAUAGUUCUGACAUUAAUGCCCAGGCUGGUCAGGAUAUCAUCCCAAGGUCUGGCACUAUCUUGUUUCAGGAUGGGGAGAUAAAAAAAUACAUAGUACUCAGCAUAAUGCCAGAUAAUUUUCCAGAAAAUGAUGAGACAUUCCAGGUCAAUUUUACCGGAGCUUCCCAGAAUGCACGUGUGUCAACCACCCCACAGACUGUAAUCAUCAUGGCUAAUGAUGCUCCAAUCAGAUUCAAACAGAAUGAAAUCCGUGUUGAGGAAGGAAAGGGAGAUAAAAACAUAAUAAUCCAAGUUUACCGAGGAAUUGACAGUGACGGGUCAAAUGUGGGGUCAUUUGGUGCCAUAGCAUCUGUAGACUAUAAAGUAACCUCAGACACUGCUGUGUCCGAACAAGACUUUCAAGGGAGGAAUGGUCAGGUGGUAUUUGGGAUUGGAGAUGUUGAAGGUACUAUCACUAUAACCAUACUGGAUGAUGGUGAUCCGGAGAUGGAAGAGAGUUUUGAUGUCACACUAGAAACACCUGUUGGUGAUGUAGUACUGAUGGCUCCUUCCAAGUUAAGGGUCAUUAUUAAUGCCAAUGAUGAACACAAUGGCAUCCUCUCAUUCUUCUCACUAGACACUCUAAGUCCUCCUCUUGUGAAAGUCAAUGAAGACGGUUUUGUAACCAGUGCCGUGUACUAUGUUUUGCGAACGGCUGGAACAUUUGGUACAGUAACAGUUCGGUGGGAAGUAUAUAGAAAUGACAGUGAGACUGGAGAUGUGAAGGGGGACAUAACUCCAAGUGAUGGGGUGUUAGUAUUCCCCGAGGGCAUAAUACAACAGGAUAUUAACAUUACUGUGAACCAGGACUCCAUUGCAGAACCAACGGAAAGGUUUGUGGUCCACCUCAUAACUGGCAGUGUCUCAGGCGGGGCCAGUGUAGAAGGCAUCACAUACGGUGUCCUGGUCGUAGAGGACAGUGACAACUAUUAUGGCACAGUGGAAUUUGGACAAGAGUCGGACCAGAAAAUAAUCAUUACUACGAGUCCGCGUCAUUUACAGCUGAUGCUGAGUAGGAUAGGGCUUAACCAGGGAAAUCUAAUCAUCAACAUUACUGUUACCUAUACAGGAAUACCUGGUAAUACUAUGGCUGUCCUUGAGAAGACUGACUACACAGUAGAGUUUGCUGUGGGCCAGGGUAAUCGUAUUGUACAAGUGCCUCUCCUUUCCUCGGCUUUUCUCCAGGUCGGUGGUGUGUUUGUUGCCAGAUUGAGGGGAAUAGAACUGCAGUCGGUCCCUAGCCUUGGAGCAUACAACAGCCCCGUGUUUGGGUCGAGAACGGAAUUGAGUAUACCAGUAACUAUUAAUGAGGCUAACGGAGAAAUCGGGUUCCAAAACACAGCAACGGCAAUCAUCACUGAACCAGACACAACACCUUAUCAGGUGUUGCUUCAGUUGACAAGAGAGGGAACAAGUGGUGAAGCAGUGAUUAGCUGGAUGUUGUCUGGCUCAGCCUCAGUGACAGCUUCAGACACCGGACCAACCUCAGGGACUGUCAUCAUGGAAAGGGGGAAGUCCGAUGUGACAUUGAUCAUACCUAUAAUGCCAGACGAUGAACCAGAGCUGGAGGAGGAGGUAACUGUCACCUUGACAUCUGUGACCCCAUCUGAUACACAACGUCUCAAGGACACCGCAUCUCAGGUCAAAAUCAUCAUCCUAGAAAACGACAAUCCUGGUGGCACCUUUCAGUUUGCAUCAUCGAUGCAGAGUUCAUAUCUUGUACAGGAGGGAAGUGCAGCUAUUGAUGUGAUAGUAGAACGAACAGGUGGAGACCUAAUCACCCGUUUUGUUCAGUACACUGUUGAAUCAAAUGGUGCGGACAUUGGAGCAGAUGAAUUUUUUGGAGCAAACAAUGUUCUCCGGUUUGACCCUGGUAUCAGAUUUAGCAAUUCUACACUGCUUGCCAAAAUGGAUAACAUUCCUGAAAUAUUAGAAAGCUUUGUCCUCCGACUGCAGCCAUAUGGCAAUGUGUCUGCCUCAAUUGGAGACAAGUCCAGGAUUCUGGUCAACAUCUCUGCCAAUGAUGAUCCUAAUGGCGUGAUUCAGUUCCCCAAUAACUCCAACACAUUUGUUAUAGGUGAGAGUAAGGUUGGAGAUGUUCAGGCCAUAUCCAUUGCAUUGGAGAGAAUUCGUGGAACAUUUGGGUCUGUUGUGGUAAUGUGGAAGCUGGAUUCUUUAGAUAACGUUGACUUGAUACCAACAGCAGGCACUGUUACGUUUGGUGACGGACAGAAUCAGGGAUUUAUCAGAGUGGAGUCUGUCCCGGAUGAGAUUCCAGAACAAAGUGAACCGUUCCUGUUAAGGUUAGUCUCCGUUACAGGAGGGGCUAGGAUUGCAGCUCAUGACACUGUCACUGUCAGUAUCAUGGAGAACGACAAACCUGUCUACAUUGCAGAGCCCCUUGUGUAUACUGGAGAGCCAUCAGUGUUGAACAUUAGAAUUCGUCGGGAUGGUGAUGGAACAGACAUUGCUAGUAUGAAGUACAAAACUAUGGACGGCAGUGCCACGGUUGCUAAUGGUGACUACACUUCUGUAUCGCCGACAAACCUUGUGUUUGGAGUAGGUGAGAUAGAAAAAGUGGUCAGUAUAGAAAUACUACAGGAUACACUGCCCGAAACCAAUGAGACUUUCUACGUACAGUUCUACGAUAUUCAAGGUGACCUUGUGUUCACGGCGUCACCGAAUGCUACCAUCAUUAUACUGGCUAACGAUGACGCUUAUGGAGUGUUUCAGUUCAACCCACCUUAUGAGAAAACAUCAGAGGAAGGAAGCCAGGUGGCUUUUGAGGUCGGCCGAACAGAGGGAAGGUUUGGUGUGGUGGACGUCAAUUGGGAAAUCUAUGAUCAAGUAACCAACCAGCUUCUACCAGACGGAGGAGAUUUUAUAUCUGCCAAUGGGACAGUAAGAUUCCUGGAGAAUGAACAAGCUAAGAUGAUCUUUAUCACUGUUCGAAUGGAUGGAGAGCCAGAACAAGACAAGCAGUUUCGAGUUGCACUUCAGUCUGCUAUAGUUGUUGAAGGAAGGACAGAUGAAGUACUGACAAGGAUUUCAACCACAAAUAACGAGGCUCUGUUGAUGGUUGUGGCUAACGAUGAUCCCUAUGGCAAGUUUGCCUUCCAACUGUCAUCCAGAAAUGUGACCAUAGCAGAGGACUUCUAUACUGGUCAAGAAGACCUGGCCAAGGCUGAACUCACCAUUGAGAGGAGACAGGGAAUAUUUAGAGAUGUUAUGGUGUCCUGGGAAAUAUUCUCUAACCAGUUGGCUGACACCUUUCCUAAAGUGUAUGACCUGAUCCUGUUGUCUACAAGAAGGAGUGAGGUGAUAUUAUCUCCUACUAAACAGCGUGACAGGACAGGGACUGAUGUAAUAUAUCUUACGGGGGCUGUCAAUAACUAUUUGUCAGUUCCAACUCUACAGCAGCCCACAGCAGCAGAAAUAUCAGCAGGGUUUGUGAUCAGUGUCUGGUUACUGCCCUUCUCCAGCAUUAAUAGCUACAUACUGGCCAAGACCACUGCAGAUGGUACCCGCUUCUUCUAUGCCCUCCGGGUUGUGACAGCACCUGGAGGCACAAUCUUUAGAUUGGGAUUUUCCUUAACAGGCAGUACAACAAACCAGGAAGUAUCCGUAACAACAAAUACCACUAUACAGGAUGGAGCUUGGCACCACCUUGUGGUGUCUAUUAGUGGAGGGAACAUCCUCUUCUACCUUGAUUCCAAACUCCUUGAUACCAAGUUUAUAGGGAGUACCCAGACUAUGAUAGAUGGUACAGGGACUCUACUUAUAGGAGCGAUAGCGCCUGGAAAUGACCAUUUCAUAGGGUACCUACAGGAUGUGAGGCUGUACGCUGGUAACCUGGAUGUAAAUCACAUUAUGGAGUUAUACAAUAACCCAGCCGCUGCAGACCUGACUCCUGUAUCAGGUUACAUGACUUAUCAUCAGGGACAGACCUCACAAAACAUCACUAUACACUCUGUCCAGGACACCCUUGAUGAAGAGAAUGAGGUUUACAAAGUCAAGCUUCUCAGUGCCAGCAAUGGAGCUUCACUUUCUGUGACUGACAGCACAUCCAGAAUCACUAUCCUAAAAAGUGACAACGCCAAUGGCCAGUUUGGAUUCAAUCAGUCCUGUGUCCCAGCAGUGGCGACCUACGAAAAUGCCACAGUGGUGUGUUCAGUGAGCCGUAGCAAAGGUAGUGAUGGGACAGUCAAUAUCACCUGGGCUGUGUUUCAGCUUCUCCAGGGUGGCAAUCAAGUUGAAGCGGUCAAUGACUUUGUGGCCAGCACUGGUGUUCUCACAUUCUAUCAAGGUGAAAAGUCAAAGGUGUUUUAUUUGGAAGUACGGGAUGACAUGGUACCAGAAGCUAAGGAAACGUUCCACAUCAAGUUGGUGGGUGUGACGUCAGGUGACGGUAUCUCAGGAACUACUAACACCAGUGGUGCUAGUAUUGAUCCUCUAACAGCCUUGUCAAAUUUUGUCAUUGAGGAGAACGAUUUCACAUAUGGUUUGUUCCAGUUCUCCACUGAGUCCACACCACCAUCUCCAGGUGAUGGGGUGAUACCCCCAGGUACAAGCAAACCUAUGGUGACAAUAUCAGAGGAAUCAGGUAUUGUGAGUUUAAUGGUUGUGAGGGCACAAGGUGCAAUGGGAUUGGUUACUGUGGAGUGGAGAGCUACUGAUGGAACAGCCCUCAACAACAGGGAUUACUCUGCUGGAGUUGGACGACUGACAUUUCAGGAUGGUCAAUUAUAUGACUUCAUCAACAUUGCUAUUUUGGAUAAUAGUCUCCCAGAGGACCAGAAAUACUUCAAUGUUGACCUGUUGAACCCUACAGGAGGUGCUGCUGUAGGGAUCGCCUCCUCAAUCACUGUAACCAUCAACCACUCAGACGGAGCAUUUGGUGUGUUUGAAUUUGGACCAACUUCACUAAACGUUGAGACUGAUGAGAUUGGAGACUCAGGGUUCAGCACAGUUAUAUUACAGGUUUUAAGAAAGCAGGGCAGCUUGGGAGAAUCCACAGUUACGUGGCAGAUUCUCGGUCAACCAGACAACGAUGUCAUAGAAACCACAGGAAAUGUCACAUUUAACCAUGAAGUAACCAUGGCAACUUUUGAAGUGAAAAUUCGAGGAGACACAGUACCGGAAUUAGAUGAGAUGUACCAAAUACAACUGUCAGCUGUGAAUAGGGGCAGUCUGGCAGGGCCCAGUCUAGUUACAGCUAAUCUGAUCAUUAAGGCUAAUGAUAACCCAUAUGGAAUGUUUGUCAUUACCAAUGACCAGCGUCCUGUCAUUGUCACGGAAGCGCUCAAAAAUGUAACCAUCACCAUAUCCAGGCAGCACGGACAAUUUGGUGCCAUAGAUGUGGGAUAUAGAACAUUGACUCCCCUAGAGUCGCCUCCCUUUAUUUCUGGCACAGUGGUACGGGCUAGUGACAAGGACUACCGUGCAGCGGAGGGAAUAGUUAGAUUUGCUACUGACCAAUCAGAAGGAUCCUUUGUGGUACUGAUUCUGGAGGAUGAGGAACCAGAAAGUGAUGAGUCAAUCUUUGUACAACUUACAGAAGUCAGCAUCGCCACCACUGCUCAGGCUAAUCCAGUACCAAACUCUCCAACACUUGGUAUUAUGGCAGAAAGGUAUGGCCAGAUAAUGAUUGAACACAAUGACAAUGCCCAUGGUGUGUUAGAAAUCUCACCACUGUCAGUGUACGUAGAGGAGACCAAGCCCAACCCAGAUGUCAACAUUACUAGGAAAGGGGGCACCUUUGGGGAGGUAUCUGUGAAGUUCCGUGUGGUGAAUGGUACAGCACUGGAACAUCUAGACUUUGAGAUGUUGACAGACACUGUUGUCCUACUGGAUGGGGAGAGAAGUAAGGCCUUGCCCAUCCUCAUCAGGGAAGAUCAGGUACCAGAGAUGAGGGAGACCUUCUAUGUGGAGCUUCUGGAUCAGAUUACAGGGGAUGCUGUUCUUGGCAAUAGAAGCUAUUGUGUCAUCAAUAUCCUGCCCUCAGAUGAUCCUACUGGUGCCUUUGAAUUUGCUGUUAAUGAGAUAUCAGUGGAGGAACCAGAGAAUGGAAGUCCUUUUGUGGUCAAUGUCACUGUGAUCAGGACAGGUGGUAGUAUGGGAGUAGUCAGUGUGGACUGGCAGGCAAGAUACAAAGAUCAGCCUCCAAAUGCUGACAUAGUGCCUACAGCUGGAUCAAUACACUUUGUCAGCAAUGAGGCCAGCAGAAACAUCCGAGUGUCUGUCCUCCCUGACGAUGUUCCAGAGGGACCUGAGGGAAUAGAGUUCACUCUGGUAAACGUAAACAAUGAUGGACGUAUUGGAGAACGGAAUUCCUUAAUUUUUACGAUUGCGGCUAAUGAUAACCCUCAUGGAUCAGUACAGUUUGCUACUGGUAACUACAGUGUGGAGGAGAGAGAAACCAGUAGUGUCCAGUACAUCAAACUAGCAAGGCUUGGAGGUACGUUUGGACUGCUGCGUGUUUACUACACCACAGAACAGAUAGACAUUGUCCAGGAAGCCAUGCUAGAUGGGACCUCACUUCUUACAUAUUUUGACUUACCACAGGAUGGAGGACGCAUAACUCCAGGCAGUAGUAUUGAUGUGGCUGGAGAGGACAACCCUUUGAUGGUAUGUUUGUCAAGCUGCCUCAAGGUAGAUGCUUGCCUGGCUUUUGAGGUAAGAGUGGAUGGCAACCUCAGUACCUGUGUAUGGUACAUCACCCAUGCUGACCAGCCACUUGUAGCAAAGACAGGGGUCAAGUACUACAACAAAAACCAGGUCAAGAUGCAGGAACUGUUGAUGAUGCGAGCGACUCCUGGUCAAGACUUUGGAGUGGUGACCAAUGGCUAUGUUCUUAUUAAUGACCAAGUAAAUGAGGGUGCAAUACCCUUGACCAUUCUAGCGGACAACUUCCCUGAACUGGGAGAAAAGUUUAGAGUCAAACUGACACGUGUAGAGGUGAUCUCAGCUGGGGGGUCAGACAAGUAUCCUCCGACUCUCGGAUCUCAGAACAAAGCAACAGUAAAGAUUGUGAAGAAUGACAACGCCUAUGGAAUAUUUACCCUGUUCAGUGACAGUCCAGCUGGAUCAGAUAGCGGUCACUAUCUCCCUGUAGAAGAGAAACCUCAGUAUGCUGUAGACUUGAUUGUGGAGAGACAGGGAGGAAAUGUUGGAGAUGUGAUGGUUGAUUGGUUUAUCAACAUGACGGGGACCAAUGCCCAGUAUGGUGUGGAUUAUAGGGCAGAUGGAGCCACCCUUCAGUUUGCUGCAGGAAAAACUAGAAGAUUAAUUACUCUUACAAUACUGGAUGAUGUGGCACCAGAACUAAACGAGACGUUGACAGUCCAACUACGUAAUCCACAGGGGGGAGCUGAUAUCAGUCCAGAUGCCCGUGUGAAGGUUGUAAUCAUGGAGAAUGACUAUGUGGCUGGUGUCUUAGGAUUUGAUACUACUUCUGUUCUAGCAAGAGAAGGUGAUGUCAUCUCCAUCAAUGUGACUCGUUCUGUCUCCAGCCAUGGUAUAGUUCAUGUCAAUUGGCACAUACAGGGCAAGGGUGGACUUGAUCCAGCCAAGGGAUUCAGCAUCUAUCAGGGCACCUUUACAUACCAGCAGGGUGAGGUAUCAAAAACCAUCAACCUGGAUGUUUUAGUGGACGAGAAGCCAGAAACAAACGAAGAAUACCAGAUCUUCCUUACUGAUAUCAGGACUGAAGGUGUUGGACCAACAGGAGAGGCCAAGAUUGACUCCCAGUUUAACGAGGCAGCCAUCACUAUACAGGGUAGUAAUGAUCCUCAUGGAGUCCUUCAGUUUGCGUCUACCUCCCUUAACAUUCGUGUUCAGGAGGCUGAAAACAUUCUGAGUCUACAGGUUGACAGGAAAUUUGGAGCAAUAGGAAUGGUGAGAGUGUCCUACGAGAUCACAGAAGGGUCAGUGAGCCCGACCAGUGAAGAGCUAGUGAGAGCAACAGUGAAUGAGGACUUUGUUCCCAUCAAGGGAUAUGUGGAUAUAGCUGAUGGUAUCUCUGAUGCUGCAAUUAAGGUCGAGAUCAAAGAUGAUGAUCUACCAGAAGUAGAUGAAGUGUUCAUUGUAUCCCUAACUGGUGUAACACUUGUGGACACAGAUAACAUUGCCAUUCCUCCCAAACUUGCUGGCCUUGGAACUGUGGCACAGGUGAUAAUUGAUGCCAAUGAUGGAACCAAAGGUGUUAUCAAGUUCUCCCCAGACUCAGUAGAUGUUACUGUUGAUGAAAUAACAAAAAAUAUUUCACUGACUGUGUUCCGAGACAAGGGGACAUUUGGAAAUGUGUCCGUGUUUUAUUACGCUCAGAGCAUUGUUGAAGGCACGACCCAGGGGACUGAUUACAGAAUUGUCCCAAAGGAGUUGUUCUUCGCCAAGGGAGAGUCUAAUAAGAUGAUCCUGAUUGAGAUACUUAACGAUGACAUACCUGAACCAGACGAGACGUUUGAGGUCAUCUUGUCUAACCCUACAAAUGGGCUACAGAUGGGCAACCAGAGUAGAGCCACUGUAACAAUUUUGGGCAAUGACGGCUCUAGUGGAAUAGUGUCAUUUGACACAGAUGCAAGUAUAACAAUUGAGGAGUCAGGAGGAGACAACUCCUCUGUCAGUAUAGCAAGGCUAAAGGUUGUCAGAGGUCCAGGUGUCUACGGUGUGGUCAAUGUGCCUUUUGAGAUCAUUCCUGAGUUUCCAGAUAACACCAAUGACCUGUCUCCAGUGAAGGGAUAUGCCACAUUUCAGGAUAAACAAAGUGCUGUGUAUAUUGAGCUGAUAGCCUUAGAUGACAGUGAGCCGGAACAGUUGGAAAGAUUUACAGUGAAGCUUAAGGAAGCAGACAACAGUGCUGUACUGGGUCGUUAUCUGGAAAGGAUGGUCAUCAUCAAUCCGAACGACUCGCCCAAUGGACUAAUGCAGCUGUACAUCAGAGGAACAAGGAACAGCAGUAUAUCCAUGGAUGAAAACAUAGGUAUAAUAUACAUAGAUGUGGAAAGGACCCAGGGAGCUGAUGGUACAGCAAUGGUGGAUGUUACUACGCGACCCGACACAGCAGUCGUAAUCUCUGACCUUGACUCAGUGACCCUUGCCCCCUAUCAGAUGAUUCCUACGACACAAGUGAAGUCUUGGUAUACCUACACGGUCAAUGGAACACACUAUCUGCUGAUGCUGACAAAUUUCAGGGUUGGAGAGCUGACCACCAUGAUUGGCAGUAAUGGGACUUCUGAACCUGUCAAUGUGGACCGCCUUUAUCAAACCACACUGUUCAAAUGGAUGGGCCAACUCAUACCAAUACAGACUUUAGAGACAGACGCUGCCACAGCUGCCACUGUAUUCUCUAUCAGUGAUGUCCAUUACAUGGUAGUAGCAAAUCUUGGCAAUAUUCGGAGACACCAGACUACCUCUAGGAUCUACAGAAUCAACACUGAUGGCAGCCUGUUUGUGAUACAAGAUCUAGUGACAAAGGGUGCCCGGGAUGUGAAGUUCUUCUCCUACAGUAACCAACACUAUCUGGUGUUUGCUAACUCCAUCGACAACAAUGGACUGACUGUUGUAGAUGUAGAUGUGUUUAAGUGGGAGGAAAGUACGAAGAUGUUUACAGCAUCUCCAUGGCAGUCUGUCAGUAACCUAGGAGCUCAUGCUGUAGAGGUGUUUGAAUUGGAAGGGGUCAUGUAUAUGGCUGUGGCCAAUUACUAUGAUUCAGAACGUAAAACCUACAUUGUGGAUUCUAUCGUAUACAAGUUUGGAACUGACGGGAUGUUUGCAGAACAUCAGCGAAUGAGGACCGAGGGCGCUGUGGAUGUGGCGUACUUGGCUGUGCGAUCGCUACACUUGUUGGUGUUUGGUAACAAUCGUGGUGACGCUAUCAGUAGUCCGCAGACAUCCACAGUGUAUCGGUGGGACUCCACUGCCCAGAGGUUUUUCAGAGAUUCAGACUUACAGACAUACAGGGUGGAGACUCUCACUAUGUUCCUUGGUGCUGAUGAUAUGGGGUACCUUCUAGUAGCCAAUGGUAUUGGUAACUCAGAAAUGUUUUACUGGGAUGUACAGGACCAGGAGUUUGUGUCUAUGUGGAUGGGGGCGCCUGCCUUGAGUUUUCACCCCUGGAUUAUCCCCCAGACUACUGGGGCCCUAACACUGAUGUUGGUAGCUGAUAAAGAUCCUCAGGCCUCAGCAACACUGUACCAGUUUAUCAAGGUCAAAGACAGUGACUUCGCACCCAGAACUGUGACAAUGACAUUUGAACCUGGACGCCGCCUCUUACAGACAUCUGUCAUCAUCCUGCAGGACACCAUUCCUGAGGACACAGAGACAUUCUUUGUGUCCCUCACCAACCCAUCAGGUGGUGCUGACAUUGGUCCACAAAAUACGCUCACCAUUAACAUCCUCUCCAACGAUAAUGCUCACGGCAUCAUUGAGAUAGCCAUGGAUUCCCUGGAAGUUAGAGUACAGGAGGAGGAUGGACGAGACAAUGUUAUCGCAGUCAAUGUUAUCAGAAAACAUGGCUAUUUUGGCCGUGUAGUGGUCAGGUGGGUGGCAUCCGGUGACCAGGAUGGCCUCAGUGACAUCACACCACUACAGGGACAGGUUGAAUUUACUGAUGGUCAGUCUGUAGCUACCAUAAGCUUGACCAUUUUGAAUGACAAUCUUGCCGAACUACCAGAGGUGACAUAUGUACGACUGACUGAGGUCAUUGAGUCUGGUACAAAUCUUCCUGGCAGGGGAGCUACUAUAGGAGACAACAAUGUGGCUGCAGUUAUAGUACAGGCCAAUGACUCGCCUUAUGGUGUGGUGCUGUGGGAAAAAGGAGUUGUGUACGUCAGCGAACCCAAUGGAACUGACUUUACAGUAGUCGCAUACAUCCUGCGACAGCAGGGUAUGAUGGGAAUGCUUCAGGUGGCAUACCAGACCACUGCUAACACAGGUGUGGAGGUGGAGAAACGGGCAGUGUCAGGGGAUGAUUUUGUGGCCAAGCAGAGUGUGGCAAUCCUUCAGGAGAAUGCCACUAGGGUACCAAUAGAGAUUGUUGUCAAACAGGAUGAUUUGCCUGAAGGUGACGAGUCCUUCCUUGUGAACAUCACUGGAGUAACACUAGCAGGACCAAACCCACCUCCUGGAGCAGAGCCAAGUGUGAAUGUCCCAGGAAACCUCCUGUCUAUCACUAUACAAGAGAAUGACAAUGCUCGUGGCAUUGUGCAGUUUAAUGUUACUACUAACAUUGAGGGUCGCAUAGACACUUACGAGGAGUUUGGAAAGAAUACAAGUGUGAAGCUGAAGGUCAGUCGCACUGUUGGUACCCUCGGCCCUAUUACAAUUACCUGGCAAGGAGAUCCAAGGGAGGCAAAUAUACUGGACUUUUCACCAUCAAGUGGCACCAUCCGUAUGGAGGAUGGAGAAACGGAUGGCUACAUCAUUAUUUACAUACUGGAUGAUACUAUCGCAGAGGCGAUGGAGACAUUUGAUGUGAAGCUUAUCAGUAAAAGUGGUGGCUCUGAGUUUGGACCCAACAGAAGUGUCCGACUGGCCAUCCUAAAAAACGACUCUCCAAAUGGUCUCUUUAGAUUUAUGCAGUCUGAGAUCACAGUGAAGGAGUCAAGGUCAGUUGAUGACCCUGAGGGUGAGGUGACCUUGCAGAUAGAGAGAGUACAAGGGUCAGAGGGUGUGGUCAAUGUACGUUGGAGACUGAGUGCGGAGGCAGCCUAUGAUUUUGAUGAUCCCUUGUCAGGCACCAUCCAGUUUGAUCAGGGACAAAAGACUCGACCAAUCAUUCUGAGGACCAAAAUGGACUCUGUAUUGGAGGGUGAAGAGCGGUUCCACAUCUCCCUGGUAACUGCUGACAACAAUGCUGACAUCUCGCACAGUGAAGGUGAUUCCACAGUGAUUAUCUCCCCUGAUCCUGGAGCUAGUGGCACCAUAAGCAUUCUCCCAGAGUUCAGGAAAGUUUACAUAGGAGAACCUGGAGAGUCUAGUCCCAGCUACAAUGGUCAGCUUCAGAUCAUGAUCUCCAGGGGAGAGGGUAUAUUUGGGGCCAUAUCUGUCACAUGGUCAGUAACUCCGAGGGAGACGUCUACCUUUCUACAGUCUGAAGGCACUGUACAGUUUGCGGAUUUACAGCAGAAAGCUACCAUUACUUUACAGGCCCAGGAUGACACCAGAGCUGAACUUCGUCGGAUGUACACCCUGCAGAUCAACUCUGCCACAGGUGGUGCUGUUAUCAGCAAUACUCCGGGAGAGUUCUCUGCGGACAUCAUAUUUGUCGCCAGCGACUACCCACACGGCCUAUUUGAGUUCACACUCCCAGAGACUAUACUAGUGGAAGAGGAUGAGUUGACGUUCGGUGUAAUGGUGGUACGACGUUCCGGACUGGACAGUCAGGUGAUGGUAUCUUAUACUACCACACCUGGCACAGCUCAGAACAUCCUGGACUUCUUCCCAGCUGCAGGCACCCUUGAAUUCCAGCACGGGGAUGACAAGAAAGUGAUUUCCUUAAGAGUACAGCAAGAUGACUUGCCUGAAGGUCCAGAGAUGUUUUAUGUAAAUUUAACCUCCACCUGGCUUCGCAGUCCAAGCACUAAUAAUUACACGAAGAUUGGAGACCUACAACUCGACAUGGCUCCAGCUAUUGGCUCCAUCAAUGUUAAAACUAUUGUCAUUAACAAGAAUGACAAUGCUGAGGGUACUAUCGAAUUUGACACUGAAGCAAGAGAAAUGUCCAUUGUUGAAGAAAUCGGCAUGGCAAAGAUCCCGCUGAUUUUGUAUUUUUCCCUGUCAGGUGGUGCAAAGUUAGGAGAUGCCACAACUGCUACGAUUACCAUUCUCAAGUCUGAUUUUCCAAAUGGUAAAUUUGGCUUCAGCAGUCAGCUGGCUAUCACGCUGCCCAACCCAGACCAUGAAGUCAACGUGACCUUGGCUAUUCAGAGGACAGGAGGACUGACUGGACAACAGACUGUGUUCUGGCGAAUCCUCGGCCCAAAUAACCCUGGCAAUGUCUUGGUGGAAACCAAUGAUGUUAGUCACAAGGGUAACGGUCCACAGACAACACAAGGUUCCCUAAUCUGGGCAGAUGAAGAGGCAGGAAUGAAGACCUUCAAGAUUUACGUCAAGCCUUACACCACCUGGGAAAUCCAAAAGACAUUUGUCAUUGAAAUUUACAAGGUUCAAGGGUUCCCAGCUGGGAUUGGCGAUGGAGAGAUUGGACCAUCUACUGGAAAAGUUAUCUUAACGAUUGAAAAGUUUGGGGACCCUAAUGGAAUACUUCAUUUUGAGGGUGUGGCUAAGUCUGAACAAGUGGUGGAUGAGCCAGAGGGGACAGGGAUGUUGGACCUCCGUUUCCCUGUCAGUCGUCGAGCGGACACAGGCACUGUGGGAAGUAUACAGGUAUUUUGGGUCAUAACCGGGCCAAUGGAUGAGACAGCUGACUUUCAACCACGAAAUGGUUCCAUUGUGAUCGGAGAAGGACAGAGAGACUCUUCCAUUGUCAUACAAGUUCUGCCCGAUGAUGUGCCUGAACUGACAGAGCGAUACACACUAUCUCUCAAGUCUGUGGAGGGUGGAGCCGAGAUAGCAUCAGCAGACAACAUAUCGUUCUUUAGUAUCAGAUUUAAUGACAAUCCCCAUGGCCUGUUUGGUGUAGUGCAGAAUGACCAGACCGUAGUUGUCAAUCCAGCUGACCUUAGUCGCUCGGUCAGGCUCAACUUCACUCGUUAUGCUGGCACAUUUGGCAAUAUCAUCCUCACAUUCCAGAUAAAGUAUGACCUGCUACAGACAGGUGUACUGCUGUCCAAGAGUGGAGGCACUGUCUCGUUCGAUGAUGGCCAGGCCCAGGUAGUUACAGAUAUUCCAUUGGCUGGUGAUGGUUUUCUGGAGAUGGAUUCAAGCUUCUCUGUGACUUUGACUGAAGUACGACUUUCAGGAGCUGCAGUGACUGAGCCCCCAGCAUUUAAAACAGGAGAGAAGGAGGCCAAGGUUAUUGUUCCAGCAGCUGCAGCAAAUAGUGAGGUUGGAUUUUCUGUUACCAUAGCUGCUGUUGACGAAGUGACCACAACAACAACAUUGACAUUGGUACGACGAGGUACCUAUGGAACACUGGAGAUCAUUUGGAAGGCUGGCUUUGUGCCAGGAAAUCUUCCUAACAAUUUUGUGGAGGGCACUGUCAACCCAGAGGAGGGUAGUGUUACUGUGGCACAUGGGAUCAGUUCAAAGAACUUCACAGUGCAGCUGACAGCUAAGCCGUCCCAGCCAGAGUUGUUCUCCCUACAUCUUCCCCAGGCGCCCAUCACUACCAUUUCUGGUGGGGCUAGACUAGCACCCAACACUCGCCAAGUCCAGAUAGAGCCCAAUGGCAUUGUACGGUUUGCUGCCAACUCCACCAAUCCCAGCAUUUCUGAGAUGGAAGGAAAGAUUUACUUAAUGGUGCAAAGGUUGUAUGGGUCAGAGGGCAAGUUAGAGGUCAUCUAUCGGUCAGAAGAGGUCACGGCUGAUAAAGGCAUUGACUUUAUCACCAUGGAGACUAAUGCUGUAAUGCUGGAGCCAGGUCAAACAUCUGGCCUGAUUGAAAUCCGGGUUCUGCAAGAUAAUAUUCCUGAGGAAGAGGAAACCUUGUACAUUAAUCUGACUCGAGUGGAGAAAUAUCCCACAGAAAUAACACCACGAAUCUCACCUCGCCUGAGCUCCCUGUACACUAACUCUGUGGUCCGUAUAGAGGAGAGCAAUGAUCCCUAUGGUGUGCUCUGUAUGGAACCCUCUGAAGUCAGUGUGGAAGAAGAGUACAGACAGGUCAACAUCUCCAUUGCCAGGACAGGAGGUUUGUUUGGAACGGUGUCUGUGGUAGUACGAACAGUCGGAGGUGGAGAGAUGUGGACCUCAAUGAUUGUUCCCUCACCUGGAGACACAAAUGACACCAUCCGACAGGUUUUGGGUAAUCGUCAUAGUUAUAAUGUAGCCCGUGGUGGUGAGGACUACGAUGUUCUGGACACAAAGGUCACAUUUCAGCAAGGCCAGCAGACUGCUUAUGUGUUGGUGACAGUGCUGGCAGACAAUGCUGCAGAACCUGAUGAGACUAUCAUAGUCUACCUCACACAGCCCACUGCCGGUGCAAGGAUAGCAGAAGGGGCACCUGAUGGAGGCAAAAAGGGCUAUUGUGUCAUCACGUUGCUGCAGAAUGACCUGUCCAAUGGGGUCAUUGGAUUUGCAGAGAGUUCAAAGGUCAUCAGGGUCAGUGAGGACACAGCUAAUGUGGUGAACUUGCGACUAGCGAGGACCAAUGCCUUCUAUGGAGAAGUGGAGGUGUCAUGGGUGACCAAACUAGCCCUAAACAGUAGCGAAGCUGAGGAUGCAAUGUUAGCCAGUCAGCUGAUGAGGACAGCUGGCACUGCCAUAUGUGCAGCCCGUGAAGCUUCCUGUCACUUUAAUAUCACUGUCAAAAAUGACAAUAUUCCAGAGGAGGCACACACUUUCAUUAUAAAGCUGGUCAGUGUCAGAAGAGAUGCACAACUGGAUAGCGGCAGUUUGGUCGCCACAGUAAUGGUAGAAUCAAGUGAUUAUGUACGAGGUCUACUACAGUUCACAGAAAAUUCAAGAUUGUUGACCGUUGGAGACACAAGCCGAACAGUACUUCUGAAGGUCGAACGAAAGAUGGGCCAAGGUUACAGAGUACAGGUGGGCUAUGAGACAAUGCAGAUGACAUCCCAGGUAACAGAACAUGGAGUGACUAUUAACCCCGCCCUGGAGCAGGAGGACUACAGCAGUAAAGUAGGCAUGCUGGUGUUUGAGGAGAACAGACAGGAUAUAGAGACUGUUGAGAUCAACCUAACACCAGCCAUUCUCUCUAAUAACCCUCUACCUAAACAGUUCUAUGUGACACUGAAAAAUCCCAGCAAUGGUGCCAGUAUCCACUCUGAUGUCACGUAUUCGAGGGCAGCUGUGCGUAUUGUAGAGGAAAAGAACUUACCAAUCUGGAUUGCCAUCGGAGAACGAGAAAAAGCACCACACUUAAACGACUCGGAAAUUCUCAGGACAUUGUCCCACCUAGACACAAUUGCCAAGGUCGACAUGGAUAUUACAGAGGUGACACUUGUAGAAAACAUCCUCAGGGACUUCAUUGAAGAAGGCCUCAAACGACCAUUACCUACAGAGAUAAUAAACCAGAUCAUGAAUGUGAUGUGUAACAUGCUGAACCCAUCUAAAAACGACGCCACCAGACGGCGCUCCUCCUUGGCAACAUUGAUGGAGAAUUUAGCCUAUACUACUCUGACUGGGAAACCAUGUCCUAGUCCUGAUCCUCCAGAGCUCACAAGUUUACAGUGUGUUUAUAUGAGGAUGUCAGCAGGACGAUGGCCUCUAGAGAAAAUCAACAAUUUCCAAUACCAAGCACAGAGAUUGGAUACAUUCACUGUACCAGAUGAAGUGGAAAACGCACCCAUCCCUGCUGACAUUGAUUGUCUUGACUUUCACCUAAUGGAGUAUAGCAGUGAACAGUGGUUCAUGAAAACUGAGGACCCAGAACUUCUAAGCAGCAAGAUAAUUGGUUUUGGAAUGAAAGGCAGACAAUCAUCAUAUUCUGAGUCUCCAGCAACCUAUCGAAUCCACACACCAGAUAGACGAAUUGCCACACGGAGGGCACAAUGUGUCUUCUAUGACAUGACAACAGCAGACUGGGUGAACCCUCAGGGUACAACAUGUACAGUCACCAAUAACCUAGAGUUGGCCACAGAUGACUAUGUUGAUUGUUCCUGUAAACAUCUCACCCACUACGCAGUCAAGGCCACCCCUCUGGAUGCAGGACUCGUUGGUUACUCUGUCUGGUUCUUUGUUGUCUCAUUCUUCGUCAUGGUUGCAAUGGCCCUGACCAUACUGGUCCAUCACAUUUGUGCGAAUCUCCAUGCCAUGUUUUCAGCCAACCUGCUCGUGCACAUGUGUUUUGCAUGUUUUGCCACUCAGUUAUGUUAUGUGGUAGCAGCCUACGUGAGCCCAACAGAGAUUCUGGUUUACAACAUUGGCCAGGACAACUAUAGAUGUAUUGUGAUGGGACUGUUCCUGCAUUAUUUCUUCCUGUCUCAGUUCACCUGGAUCAUGGCACAAGCGAUCAACUUCUGGAAAAUACUGGUGCUGAAUGAUGAACACACUGACAGAAAAUAUGUCCUGUUCUUCCUGAUAGGAUGGGGCCUACCUGUCGUGAUUCUGGCUGUAUUCUAUGUGAUCGCCUUCAACCUUUACAAAUAUGUGUACAAUAUGCCUGUGGAUUUUAUUUAUGGGGACGUCAACAACAACGGUGAAAUGUGUUUCAUCACCAACCCGUAUGCAGCACUUGGGGGCGUAAUUCUACCUGUGCUGCUGAUGCUGUUAGUGGUGGGUGUGGUCUUUGUCAAGGCUUUCCAGGUCACUCCUCAAUGGCAGGCCUAUGAUGACAUUUACAGAGGACGGUAUAACAUCAAUGAGAUACGAACACUGCUGUCAUUCUGGGCCGUGAUCGCACUGACCUGGCUGUGGGGAGGCCUACACAUGGCAUACGGACAACUAUGGAUGCUUGUCAUGUUCUGUAUAUUUAAUUUACUACAGGGACUUCUAGCACUAGUUCUGUACACCAUACUACGUAACCCCUGUGUACAGCAAUGUUUUGGGCCACAAAAGCAGCUAUAUUCCAUCUCAGCUGAUGCUAACACUGGUACUAUGUCUGGUGGAGAUGAUAUCCGCCAUCACAUGGCUUCUGUAGAGAUCGGCAGCCUGAAGGGAUCCAGGGCUUCUCUAUUAAAUGAGAGCUGGGAGCGUGACUCCAUUCCAUUCAAGAGUACGAUGAAGGUGAAACGCCAACUGGCAUCUAGUGGGAACAUUUAUGUGACACCACCUGUCCUGGUACAGUCGACAGAAGGGGACACUGAUAAAGACUUUGAUGACUUGCUCUAUGCAUUAAAGACUGAUGGCAGUUACACUGCUAGUGAUGUCAACAGUCUGGACUCUGACAAAAUAUCAGAAAUAUCCAGUAAAGUAGAUAAAUAUGAAAUGCGAAGAAUAUCCAUUGCAGAUACACAUUUAUGAAUUUCAUUUAAUAUUUUGUAUAACUUGUAUGUUGAGGAAUUAAUAUCUUUUAUGGUCAAAAUAUCAAAAGUUUGCUUGAAACUAGUCUGAUUUUGUGCAAUAUUAACUCAGUUUUCAAAUUAUCAUGAUAUUUAAGGUGUCGCAAGUCAAUCCUGCAUUGGCUGGUUUUAAAGUACAUAAAAAUUCAGCUGCUUUCAUUAAAGCAAGUGAUCUCAAAUAUAUUCCAUCAUUUUCCUUUUUUUAGUCAACUCAUUUUAUUGAAGGCUAAAACCAAAGUUAAAAUGAAGUUAAAUUCCUGAAGGUGGUCAGUUCUACGAUAAAAUGUACAAGUAGGAAUAAGGCAUUAGAGAGAAAAUAGAAUACCUGGUAGUUUAAACAGUAAUAGAUUGUAUUGUAUGGACUGGUUAACUGGUAAAUCAUUUAGUCCAACAUCUUUAGUAACCAGCAGUCCAACACUUUUAAGCUUAAUGUGAUAUAUGUUUAGUGUGAUAUGUGGUGCAGUAUUUUAAAUUAUUGUGUUUUUGUUUCAUGCCAUAUUUUGCAAAAAAUGAAGUAGACCAUGUUUGAUAUUCAUUUAAUUUAUUUGGCAAAUAUUGCAAUAGACCAACAGUAGAUAUAUAUAUAUCAGGGUAGACCUGAUUAUGUUCUUUAGCUAUUAAAUUGUGGCUGCAUAAUUUUAAAUUGAACACAGGACAUAGUUUCAAGAUUUAUGCAAUAUAUUUUCAAUGUUACAACCAUUCACACAACACAUGUUAUGUCAAAACUUGUUAAGGAUAUGUACCAUGUUGUUUGUAUAUAUUGGGUUUUAUAACUAUUAUUUCACAAUGUCAGCUGUAUAUUGUCUCUACAUUGUCAUUUAUAUUCUUCAUACAUCAUUAUUUUG